UCGCGCUCCCGCCCUUCUGGUGCCGCCGCGCGGCCGCAGGUAAAGCAACUUUGCUUGCGCUGGGGCUAGCCAGACCUGUCCCGCGCACAGCCUGCAAGACCAUGGACGUUCUGGGCUGGCUGCUGCUGCCGCUCUUGCUGCUAUGCACGCAGCCGCACCAUGGCGCCAGAGCAAUGAAUGACAUUGGGGACUACGUGGGCUCCAACCUGGAGAUAUCCUGGCUCCCCAACCUGGACGGCCUAAUGGAGGGCUAUGCCCGGAACUUUCGACCAGGCAUUGGAGGUCCUCCUGUGAAUGUGGCGCUUGCCCUAGAGGUGGCCAGCAUUGACCACAUCUCAGAAGCAAACAUGGAAUACACCAUGACAGUGUUCCUGCACCAGAGCUGGCGAGACAGCAGGCUGUCCUACAACCACACCAAUGAGACCCUAGGCCUGGACAGCCGCUUUGUGGACAAGCUGUGGCUCCCCGACACCUUCAUUGUGAAUGCCAAGUCUGCCUGGUUCCAUGAUGUGACUGUGGAAAACAAGCUUAUCCGCCUACAGCCUGACGGAGUGAUUUUAUACAGCAUCCGUAUCACUUCCACAGUGGCCUGUGAUAUGGACCUCGCUAAGUACCCCAUGGACGAGCAGGAGUGCAUGCUGGACCUAGAGAGCUAUGGCUACUCUUCUGAGGAUAUUGUCUAUUAUUGGUCAGAAAACCAGGAGCAGAUCCACGGACUGGACAGGCUGCAACUGGCCCAGUUCACUAUCACCAGUUACCGCUUCACCACGGAGCUGAUGAACUUCAAAUCAGCUGGCCAGUUCCCACGGCUCAGCUUACACUUCCAGCUUCGCAGGAACCGGGGUGUCUACAUCAUCCAGUCUUACAUGCCCUCCGUCCUCCUGGUUGCUAUGUCCUGGGUCUCCUUCUGGAUUAGCCAGGCAGCGGUGCCUGCCAGAGUAUCUCUAGGCAUCACCACUGUGCUGACAAUGACCACACUCAUGGUCAGUGCCCGCUCCUCCCUGCCACGGGCUUCUGCUAUCAAAGCUCUGGAUGUGUAUUUCUGGAUCUGCUAUGUCUUUGUGUUUGCUGCCCUGGUGGAGUAUGCAUUUGCCCACUUCAAUGCUGACUACAGGAAAAAACGGAAAGCCAAGGUCAAGGUCACGAAGCCAAGGGCAGAGAUGGAUGUGAGGAACGCUAUCGUCCUUUUCUCCCUCUCAGCUGCUGGGGUCAGUCAGGAGUUGGCUAUCUCUCGCCGUCAAGGCCGGGUGCCUGGGAACCUCAUGGGUUCCUAUAGAUCUGUGCAAGUGGAGGCAAAGAAGGAGGGGGGGUCCCGCCCAGGGGGCCCAGGAGGCAUCCGUUCCAGACUCAAACCCAUUGAUGCUGACACCAUCGACAUCUAUGCCCGCGCUGUGUUCCCAGCAGCUUUUGCAGCAGUCAACAUCAUCUACUGGGCAGCAUACACCAUGUGACGGCAGUACAUGUGCCACAUGCAACGGUUGCCAUAAACUCCUGGAGGAACAGCCCUCUCCAUGGGUCCCAAAGUGGGACAGAGAGGAGGUUCUGCUUCCUCGGCUUUACCUCAACUUUGCUCUAAAGACCAGCCUGCACUUCUUGUAGAUGGAACAGGAUGGGCUUUGCAUAGAGGGCCAUCAUAGCUGGCCUGACCCAGAAGCUGAGCCUAGUGCUGCUGAGCCCUUAGGAGCUGUGAAGUUUUAGACUCACAUCAGAAUGGUCCUGAUUUCUAGGCCUUUGCUCCAUGGGAUUAGGAUCAGAGACAAAGAGCAUGGGGGUGGAUGACCACUCUCAUGGUGAACUGGAGAAGGGCAUUUUAGGCCUCUUUGGUCCCAGCAUGAAAUAAAGCCUUGACCUGGC